AUGAAGAUAUACGACGAAAUAGAAUUCCUGCCCUAUAGACGAACGUGGGAGCAGGAGAGCUUGUACACAAACAUCUGCUUGGGUACCAUCCCUGUCAUGCCUCACUUUAAUGGACAAAAAGAUGCCCGAGAGCAUCAGUGGACAGCAUUCUGGGUUCAGUCAUACGGCAAGUCGCUUAUAGAGAACUCCCAGCGCCUCAGAGGUGGGCAGAUUGGUGCUUCCAUAUGGAAGAAGAAUGAGCGAACACGGUUCAUUGGCUGGGACGCACUAUGUCCUGCCAAUUACACGGAGGAGCUUUUCAGAGGAAGCGAGCUGUCUCUCGUUCGGUGA